GAUGGCAGCCUGCAGUGCCCCACCUGCAAGGCCAUCUAUGGGGAGAAGACCGGGACCCAGCCCCCAGGGAAGAUGGAGUUCCACAUCAUCCCACACUCGCUGCCAGGCUACACGGAAUCCAAAACCAUCCGCAUCGUCUACGACAUCCCCACGGGCAUCCAGGGCCCAGAGCACCCGAACCCCGGGAAGAAGUUCACAGCCCGAGGCUUCCCCCGGCACUGCUACCUACCGGACAACGAGAAAGGCAGGAAGGUUCUGAAGCUCCUGAUUGUGGCAUGGGACCGCCGGCUCAUCUUCACCAUCGGCACAUCCAGCACGACGGGAGAGUGCGACACUGUGGUGUGGAACGAGAUCCACCACAAGACAGAGUUUGGUUCCAACCUCACUGGCCACGGCUACCCUGACCCCAACUACCUGGACAAUGUCCUGGCUGAGCUGAUGGCCCAGGGGGUCUCAGAAGCCAACCUGAAGGACUGAGGAGGAAGCCCCCGCUCUCUGCUAGCGUGCUUCUUGGCAGCCAAACCCCGCCUGCGUCCGUGUCUCCGUGAGUCCGUCCUCCACCACCGCCAUGCCCGGGAACCACCCGCCUUCCCAGAGCCCUCACUCUGCUUCUGCUGCCUUGACCUUCAGUAACCUUCAGACUGCAAUGCUGGCCUUGGCUGGGGUGCCGCGGAAGUGUACGUCCCCCACCAGGCGGAGUGGCUCUCCCUUUAACCAAUGCCAUGUGCACGCCCCUCAGACACGCCGGCCGAUGAGCAGCAGGCCAGCAGGAGCUGCGUGAGUGACCAAGCAACGCAAAGCUGGGCUGAUUAUUUUUUUAUACUCUUGUGAUCUGUGAUAUUUUCCCUGUUAGAGACCCCAGCCCACAUCUGACUGUACACCCCCCGCCCUCCCAUGUAGCUCUCUCUAUGGAAAUCUUGUACAGUAUCUACUAGAACAAGGGGGCAACUUCUGGCCAACUCUCCCACAGCCACACCACCACCAUCUGUCCUGUCCAGUCGGUGCCAGCAUCGCCUGGGUGAGCCACCUCCCCCCACAGCCACGUGGCACAUUUGCCAUUGCUCCUCACUGCUGCAACUCUGAAAGGGAGGGAGAGGGCCCCAUGCUGGGGGAAGGGAGCGGGACGUGCACAGGAGAGAACUGCUCCCGCAGCUGGGCAGGGAUGGAAAAUGAGGUGGCUCUUACUCCGUGACUUGGCAGGGGUUGUGCCCCUGGGAUGGGAAGAGCUUCCAGUCCUGCAUGCACCAUCCCGCCCCGCCAUAGCGAAGGCUCCAAGACUGGCAGUGGUGCA